AUGAUCGUCAUCCAGGGAGAGUACAGUCCUGGGCGGUGGACUUCCAUGGACGCCGGACUCGGAAGGAAUGGCGAAUGCCAGUGGGGUCAGUGUAUCGGGGAGCAGUGUGGUUCUGGUGGGGUUCAGUCAAGGACAAUAUGGUGUGUCCACAUGGAGGGCUGGACCACCCACCAUACCCACUGCCAGCACAUGGACAAGCCAGAAAGCCAGCGUCACUGCUUUAAGGUCUGCGACUGGCACCAGAACCUGUUUGAGUGGGAGGUGUCACACUGGGGGGGCUGUGUUCUCGUCCCUUUCUUCUCCAACGAGCUCAAGUUGAGGAUGGCCGAGUGCAUAACGGCGCAGCACGGCAUCCAGAGGCGCAAAGUCCACUGUGUGCGCACUUCAAACCGUACCACAGUCAAUUUGAGGAUAUGUGAGUUCUUUUCCCAGAAGCCACCUGUGGAGCAGGCGUGCCUCAUCCCCUGCCCCCAGGACUGUGUAGUUUCAGACUUUACGUCCUGGUCCAGUUGCAGCAAAACGUGCGGCACUGGCAUGCAGCAUCGGACUCGACAUGUUCUGGCCACGCCAAUGUUCGGAGGGGAAAGCUGCCCCAAUUUGACAGAGACCAGGACUUGUUCUGGUUAUGUUGACUGCCCUGCUGGGGAGGGGGAGUACCAGUACAGCCUUAAAGUAGGGGCCUGGAGCGAGUGCCGACUUCCGUAUCACAAGGACGCCCUGUUGAGUGGCAGGACCACAGUGGACUUCAGCUCCAAUGAGAACAACACAGUCACAUUGCACAUGCAGACCUCCCACCACCACCAUCACGCCCACCACCACCACGAUAACCCCAUGUCAUGGGAGCUGGAGGUGGGAUACCAGACACGACAAGUGCGCUGCACACGGAGCGACGGCAAGAACGCUAUGCUGAGCCUCUGUACCAGGGGCAAUGCCCCCUUGACCUUUCAGGGCUGUGUGAUGCCCAAAGACUGUCACACUUCUGAUUGGUCAUCGUGGAGUCCCUGCUCCAAGACCUGCCGCUCCGCCGACCUGUCGCCUGGUUACCGCCUCCGGUCACGCAUCAUGACGCAGAUCCCCGUCCGAGGGGGGGAGCGCUGUCCUGCCCUUGAGGAAAAAGAAGCCUGCAACAUCAUAGGAGAUUUGCUUCCAAACUGCCCGAGGUAUGUGUGGAGGGCCACUGACUGGGACGACUGUCGAAUCCUCCCCUUACUGAGCCAUCAGGACCAGCGGCUGGCCAACAUCUCCAUCCUGUGUGGAAGUGGGAUCCAGACCAGGAAGACCUACUGUGUUCAGGUCCCCGACGACUCAGCACCACAUCACAGGAAGGAGGUGUCCAGGCCUGUGAUUGGCAGGCUGUGCGCGGGUGAAGACCCCCCCUCGGCCGUUCAGCAGUGCUCCAUCCCCUGCCAGCCCCUCUGCUUGCUCUCCCAGUGGUCCCCCUGGGGCACCUGCCUACAUGACAACUGCAAAGAACCACAGGGGAAGAAAGGUUUCAGACAGAGGAGGAGAGAGGUGUUGUGGGAGUCCAGCAGUCCUCCGGAGACCUGCCCUCAUUUGGUGGAGUCCAUCCCCUGUGAGGAUCCCGCCUGCUACCUGUGGAAGGUCCACCAGGAAGAAAGAUGUGUCCCCAAUAACAGCUCCUGUGGUCCGGGAUCUGCAGCCAGGAAUGUGACCUGUAUCAGCGCUGAAGGGGAGGAUGUGCCCGUUGCUCACUGUGUAGACGACCACCCCCAACCAGCAGUGUCCUGCGACGUGGCCUGUCCUGCAGACUGUGUGGUUGGCCCCUGGUCGUCCUGGUUACCCUGCUCACACAGCUGUGCCACCAAGUCAGCCGAGGGUCGACAGAGCCGCACUCGCACUGUGCUUGCCAUCCCAGGGAACGAGGGGAGGGGGUGUCCUGCAGCUCCAGCCCUGGAGGAGUGGAGGGUCUGCAACGACCACCCUUGUAUGAUGCUGUAUUGGGAGGCGUCAGCGUGGGGACCCUGUAUUGAGGAUUCCCCCAUGGACCUCAAUGGAACCAGCUUCCUGAACGGGACUCUCACCUGUGCCAUGGGGGUUCAGAUCCGCAAAGUCAGCUGCAUAAAGACGAACGUUGGACCUGUCACAAGUAAAAGGUGCUCAGAUUCUGCUCGUCCACAAACCGUCCGGCCCUGUUUGCUCCCCUGCAAGACAGACUGCGUUGUUACACCCUUCAGCGAAUGGACGGCCUGCCCAUCAACCUGUAUGCCAGGAAAUGACACUGCUGCUACACAGUCUCGAUACAGGACCAUCAUUCAGAGGUCUGCUAAUGGAGGUCAAGAGUGCCCAGACACACUGUAUGAGGAGAGAGAGUGUGAAUCGCUUCCUGUGUGUCCGGACUAUAGUUGGAGAACACACAAGUGGCACAGCUGCAGUUUGGUUCCCGAGUCUGUUCGCCGUGGAUUGUCUGGACCGGCAGAAGCCUGUGGAAAUGGUCUGGAAACAAGAGGCGAGUGUUUUUCUCUUCUCUGCUAUCAUGCUCUGUACACUUGUCAGCCGCUGCCAUUUUAA